ACCUUUUCGAACCACAGAGGAGACUGCUUCUGUUGGAUCCCAGCGGACCGUUAUGGCAGAGUCCAGAGUCCAGCUGACCACGCUGCGUCGGGAUGCGUCUGACUUCAGUGACGGACCGACCCGGGUCCAAACAGACCCGUCCCGGAGGAGGGCUGCCCCUCAGGGGGAGGAAACCCGUUCGGAUGAGACGGUCCGACUCGUCCUGACACUGUUUGAACCGGAUAUGAGGAUCUUUCCAGAGUUUAGCUACUGUCAGCUUAUUGACAACAAGGUGAGGCGAACAGGUGAGCCGCUGAGCAGCGCUGAACAGGAAGUAAGUGAUGCUGCCAUGGCAAGAAAGUUGGAGGAAAAAUAUGGCGGUAAGCAAAAGAAAAAGGACCGUAUUCAGGAUUUGGUUGAUAUUGGAUACGGUUAUGAUGAAGAGGAUUCUUUCAUUGAUAAUUCAGAAGCUUAUGAUGAGUUUGUCCCGUCUUCGAUCACCACAAAAUUUGGUGGAUUCUACGUGAAUUCAGGUGUGCUGCAGUUCCGCCAGACCUCCGACACCGAGACUGAUGACCUCUCAGCAGAAGAGGGAACAUAUCCAAAAAAACUGAAACUCGUCAGUGAAAAGCAGAAGUCUUGCAAAUCUAAAGGAAUCGUGAAAAGCGCUACGAAGCAAAAGUUCAACGCUCUAUAUAAAGCCGGGCUGAAUGAGAUGACCAUCAAAAAGAAGAGGAAGGCUGUAAAGACGCUGAGUGUCACCAGCAUGCUGAAAAAGUUUCAGAAGGAGAAGGAAAAGGAGUGUCAGAAGAUGGAGCAAGCCAAUCGGAUGGCAGCAGACAUGAGUGCACCCRCAGCCCCCACGCUUCCUGCAGACGCCGCUGGGGGUGGUGGCUCCGCUCUGACGGACCCUCUUCUCAGUUUAAUCGGCUCCACCAAUGAUCACGCUCUGAUCCAAGCGGCRAACACUGUGGAUUUUGAUAUCGACUUGGACUCUUUAUUAGACGUCAGCGAGGAGAAUUUAUCUCCAAAGUCCCAUCCUCAGCCGGCUACAGAGACUCAACUUAUCCAAGCCAGGAGAGAUGAGAUUCAGACGAGCUGUUUGCCUGAAGCUGACCCCCAAGUUUUAAACCCGACAGUCACGUUUGUGCCAAAGCCAGCACCAGAGCAGAUCCAGCAGCUGACUGAACCCAGUAUGGUGGUACCACCUCAGUGUGCCCCGCUGCCAGAGGGACUACCUCCAGCUCUGGAGGACAGCAUCAGAUGUCUCAUGAUGGCUGCCAAGACAUCAGAAGGGGAGUCAAAGCUCAAGUUCUUUAAUCCAGAUAUCAACUCAAUCCUGCUGGAUAUUGAGUUGCAGUGUCAGGAGCAGAGUGGUCAGCUCCGCUCCAAAGUCUACAGGCAUCUGUCAUCGUUCAUGCCCUGCAGCAAAGACACACUUUUAAAACGAGUGAAGAAGCUGUUGGUCACGCAUGAGGGACCUCAUCGUGUGGAAGGUUCCAUGCAGGAGCUGAAGGAAGCCAUUGAAAGAUCGAUGCCCGAGCAGAUGGCGUGUUUUCAUGAAAACUGUCAAGCUUAUGAACAACUCAAAAAUUCAAAGUCAACAGAGGAGGAAAAUGUGGAGGACAAAGUUGGUAGACGAGGAGGUCCCAAGAAGUUGUUCGAAUGGAAUCAGGAGAUUAGAGAAUGCUUGGGUCGUGUACUGAGGGAGAAAAUGGGGUGUGAUAAAAUGGAUGGCAAGAAAUACCAAGACAAUGAAGAGUAUGUUAAAACUCUGCUGGACAAUGAGGUGAAACCACUUUGGCCAAAAGGAUGGAUGCAGCUAAGGGUGCUGAUGAGGGAGAGCAGGAAGUUGUUGGGCUUCUUUACUCCAUUACAAUUAAAUAAGGCCAAGGGUUUGAAAAGGCAGUUAUCUGGUGGUGCUUCCACAUCAUCGGAUGCUUGCAACAAUCUUCAGGGAUCUCCAGCACCAUCAGAACUCUCCAUAGGACCAGGCCAGGUCUUUGCUGAAGGUUCAACCAGCACCAAUUGUGUUGGUCAGGAGUCAGCGGUGAAAGAAUCUGACACUCCUUCUGCUCAUUCGCUGCUAGAUAUCCUCGCUGAGCAAGCACUGGCUCAUGAGUACCCUGCCGCACUUUCCCACGAACAUUUAGCAGCUGUAGGAAAGCACUGGAACUUCAGUGAGGUCAAAAGUCCUCUUCCUCCUCCACCUCCUCAGUCAAGCCCAGUCAGUUUCCCUGAGAGUGGCCUUUGUCCCAUUGUUUUGCCUCACCUGUUGCAAGUCAGAGCAAUAAAGCGUGGAUGCUGGCCAGGCACAGAGUAACUGAUGCUGACUUAACUGUAAACUUAAAAGCUGUAACAUGCACAGAAAUGCUCAUUUUUCCUUAAUGUUACAGUUCACUGAUUUGGAACAGUGACGUUUGGUUCAGGCUCUACUCGGGGGAGUGAAAUGCCAAGUGGCAGGAAUUCAGUAUUUUUUUGUCACAAUUGUUAAAUUCUAAAAAUAUUGAUGGGGGUGACUGUCUCAAUACUUUCAUUUAAUUGGUGUCUGAUGGUCUACACCUGGUAUUUGGAGUGGGAAGCUGUAGAGUUGUGUAAACUUUAGCAUUAAAAUUUUUUUAAGAAAUAUAGUUACUCAACUUGAAGAGUUGAAGAUCUUCAGUGUUGUGCUGGAGUUUAACUUUGUGCUAAUCCCUCCACGGUAGCCUUACUAAAGGUCAUAAACRGCACUUCAUGCAUAUUUGUUCUAAGGUGUUUAAUAGUUUGUCUGGCCAUUGGAUCCACUUUGCACAAUGUAAUAUUUUUGAUGUGAAAAUGAUCAAAUUUGUUUCCAGACCGAAUUAAAAAAAUGUCAAUGAAAAU